UCUGAAGAGUGGAGAAAGUCUUAAGAUGAUCUUCAUUCAAUGCGAGAACUUGAUCACGAUGACAUCUCCAAGGUUUGCCGUCUAUGUGACAUGGUUGUUCUUGUGGAAAAUGGCUCAUUCAACUGAUCUAAAAUUGUCGUCACCUGUGCAUCAAGCAAGACGUUUUGCAUCAGUCGGUGUUGGAGACAAAAUUACUUUGGAAUGUUUCUAUCAGAAUAAAGGUGGAGAAUGGCUUUACUGGUUUAAGCAAAUGUUUGGCCAACAACCAAAGCUGAUCUCUAACUUCUAUACGUACAACAAAAAGGAAAAUUUUCAUCAUGAAUUUGAGAACAAUCCACGCUUCACACUGGAUAAUGAAAAAAGUCAUAAUCACUUGACAAUUACUAAUUUGAAUAUUUCAGACUCAGCAACUUACUACUGUGCACAUAGCACUUCAUUUCUGUUGACUUUUGCUGAGGGCACUGUGGUCAGUGUGCAGGGUUCAGGUUGGACCGUCCCAGCUUUGCUCCAUCAGUCACCAUCAGAGACCAUGAAUCCAGGAGGCUUUGUGACUCUGAACUGUACAGUACAAACUGGGACCUGUGAUGGACAACACAGUGUUUACUGGUUCAAAGACUCUGAAGAAUCUCAUCCAGGACUCAUUUACACUGAUGGAGGCAGCACUGAUCAGUGUGAGAGGAAACCCAACACACAAACACACACCUGUGACUACAACCUGCCGAUGGAGAGCCUGAAUCCGUCUCAUGCUGGAACCUACUACUGUGCUGUUGCCUCGUGUGGAUACAUUCUGUUUGGAAACGGGACAAAAUUGGAUAUUGAGGACAAUGGCGACCAUCUUCUCCUGGUGUUUUUAUUGAGUGGCGCUUUUGUGUUCAUCACCAUCCUGGUGGGUUUAUUGGGUUUUGUGGUCUACACGCUGAACAAAAAAAAAAGCUGUCAAUGUUCGGAGUCUCACACAACCGUAUCAUCUCCCUCCACAGGGAACACAGAGGGCUACCAAAAUGCACAAAGCGCUCAAUAUGCUGCUUUAAAUCUCAAUCUUCCCAACGGAUCAAGGAGGCAGAAGAUGAACAUCGAUGUUGAAUGUGUGUACUCCAGCGUAAAGCAGUAGAUCGUAUUUUAAAUGUGAAGUAGAUUUUGGUGUAUUAAUCCCGGUAUUAUAAGGAAUAACGUUAUAUUUACACCUCAAGAUUAACAACCAAUGCCAACAUUUAGUAUAAGGGAAGGAAAUGUCCCUUUUUUGUAGUUUAUGCCAUGCAAUUUGGAGGAAUGUAGUUUUGUAUGUAAACGAUCAAAUAUAGCUUAUAUAUGAUAAUUUAAUUUUGGGAUGAUAUAUUAUGUGCAUGUGUUCAUUUACUGGGUCUGUCAAUUAUUACAGUCUGUCAGUUAUGAUUCAUUGCUGAUUUUUUUUUUUCAAGCAAUCAUUAGGAUAAUUGGGUUGUUAGAGUUGCAGAGCCGUGUGAAGGAUCAGGCUCUACUACUCAACCAUCACAAGAGUGUGUCCAUUCUAGUUCUAUUAUCAUAGCAUUAAAUCUGUUGGACCUGUCAUAUUCUCAAUUUUUAUAAUUGAAACAGAGCAAAGUCGCUUGUUGUGCAUUUUUAUGGUGACAUCUUGUAUGCCAUUUGCUGUACGGUAAACGAGGGCGUGGCCAGAUUACAGCACCUUUUUUAAGACCUCCUGAGACCUUUUUUCAAUUCAAAGCUUUUUCUUCAUUCAAAAAGGUAGAGUGCUGAGGUUUGAUUUAUGGAUAUCUAAUAAAGCAAAAAAGUAUG